CGCUCCGAUGACGCGCCUCUGGGAAGUAUCGCGUGAAGAGGGAGAAAACCUAGAGCUUAGAAGUCGCUAUGGUGACGGAAAGGUUGGGAAUCUUCUCUAUUACUGGCCCCACAGCUGUAGGAGCAGUAACCGCUGCUUUCUUGGAUUUUGAGUGAAUACAGUCCAAGUGAUAUUUUAAAAAUUUGCUGAAAGUGGAAACAUGAGACUGAAGAUAUCUCUUUUAAAAGAACCAAAGCAUCAAGAAUUAGUAAGUUGUGUGGGCUGGACUACUGCUGAAGAAUUAUAUUCAUGUAGUGAUGAUCACCAGAUAGUGAAAUGGAACUUGUUAACCAGUGAAACAAGUCAAAUUGUAAAGCUUCCUGAUGAUAUUUACCCUAUAGAUCUUCACUGGUUUCCAAAAAGUUUAGGCAUAAAGAAACAGACACAAGCAGAAAGCUUUGUUCUCACAAGUUCUGAUGGUAAAUUUCAUUUGAUUUCUAAGUUAGGAAGAGUCGAGAAAAGUGUAGAAGCUCACUGUGGAGCAGUACUUGCAGGAAGAUGGAACUAUGAAGGUACAGCACUAGUUACAGUUGGAGAAGAUGGACAAAUUAAAAUUUGGUCAAAGACUGGGAUGCUUAGAUCAACUUUAGCUCAGCAAGGAACACCAGUGUAUUCAGUAGCAUGGGGCCCUGAUUCAGAAAAGGUUCUUUAUACAGCAGGCAAACAGCUGAUCAUUAAACCUCUUCAACCAAAUGCUAAAAUUUUACAGUGGAAAGCUCAUGAUGGCAUUAUUUUAAAAGUUGAUUGGAACUCAGUCAAUGAUCUUAUUUUAUCUGCUGGUGAAGAUUGUAAAUAUAAGGUGUGGGAUAGUUAUGGCCGCCUCCUAUACAGUUCACAACCCCAUGAGCAUCCUAUUACCUCAGUUGCCUGGGCUCCAGAUGGAGAAUUAUUUGCUGUUGGAUCAUUUCAUACUUUACGCUUGUGUGAUAAAACUGGGUGGUCUUAUGCUUUAGAAAAACCCAACACUGGCAGCAUAUUUAAUAUUGCAUGGUCAAUUGAUGGCACUCAGAUUGCUGGAGCCUGCGGAAAUGGGCAUGUUGUUUUUGCACAUGUAGUGGAGCAACGUUGGGAGUGGAAAAAUUUUCAAAUAACAUUAACUAAAAGACGGACUAUGCAGGUUCGAAAUGUUCUUAAUGAUGCAGUGGAUUUGCUGGAAUUCCGCGAUAGAGUCAUUAAAGCAUCUUUGAACUAUGCACACUUAGUUGUUUCAACGUCUCUUCAAUGUUAUGUGUUCUCUACAAAGAACUGGAAUACACCACUUAUAUUUGAUCUUAAAGAAGGAACUGUUAGUUUAAUUCUACAGGCAGAAAGACAUUUUCUUCUUGUAGAUGGUGGUGGUAUCUAUGUAUAUUCCUAUGAAGGGCGCUUCAUUUCUUCUCCAAAAUUUCCUGGAAUGAGAACAGAUAUUCUUAAUGCACAGACUGUGUCUCUGAGUAAUGAUACUAUAGCAAUAAAAGACAAAGCUGAUGAAAAAAUAAUCUUCCUUUUUGAGGCAUCAACUGGAAAACCUCUAGGUGAUGGGAAGCUUCUUUCUCAUAAGAAUGAAAUCUUGGAAAUUGCUCUGGAUCAAAAAGGACUUACCAAUGAUAGAAAAAUUGCAUUCAUUGAUAAAAAUAGAGAUCUCUAUAUCACUUCAGUGAAACGAUUUGGGAAGGAAGAACAAAUUAUCAAACUUGGAACAAUGGUGCAUACUUUGGCAUGGUGUGAUACAUGCAAUAUCCUUUGUGGACUUCAAGAUACUCGAUUCACAGUGUGGUAUUACCCCAAUACGGUUUAUGUGGACAGAGACAUUUUGCCUAAAACUUUGUAUGAAAGAGAUGCAAGUGAAUUUAAUAAAAAUCCUCAUAUUGUGAGUUUUGUUGGAAAUCAGGUAACUAUAAGAAGAGCUGAUGGCUCCCUGGUACACAUCAGCAUAUCACCAUAUCCUGCUAUUCUCCAUGAAUAUGUAAGCAGUUCAAAAUGGGAGGAUGCUGUAAGACUUUGUCGCUUUGUUAAGGAGCAAACCAUGUGGGCUUGCCUAGCUGCUAUGGCAGUUGCUAAUCGAGACAUGACUACUGCAGAAAUAGCCUAUGCAGCAAUUGGUGAGAUUGAUAAGGUUCAAUACAUCAAUUCAAUAAAAGAUCUUCCCUCUAAAGAAUCAAAAAUGGCUCACAUACUAAUGUUUAGUGGAAACAUACAGGAGGCUGAAAUAAUACUUCUUCAAGCUGGCCUUAUUUAUCAAGCAAUUCAGAUCAAUAUUAAUCUCUAUAACUGGGAAAGAGCCCUGGAGUUGGCUGUAAAAUACAAAACACAUGUUGAUACAGUUCUUGCUUACCGUCAAAAGUUUUUGGAGACCUUUGGUAAACAGGAAACUAAUAAACGAUACUUGCAAUAUGGAGAAGGUCUUCAAAUAGAUUGGGAGAAAAUCAAAGCCAAAAUUGAGAUGGAAAUUACUAAGGAACGAGAGCGAUCAUCAAGCAGCCUGUCCAGCAAGAACAUGGGGCUAAAGCACUAAGUGACAUGCUAACCUUUAAAAAUGUUAUCUUUUGAAAUUAAUUUUGACUAGACAAAGAUAAGCAUGUUUUGGUUGCUAAAGAAAAAUGCAUCAUCUUUAAAUAAUAAUGAGCACUUUCUGCAUAUUAGUAAAAGUACAUUCAAUUCAGUAAGGUUAAGCGAAGAAUAAUUGAUGUAAUGCCAUCUUUUAUAUUUUUCUAAUUAGCCAUUUCUUUAUACGUCUCUAUACCUGUUGAUUACAUUCCAGUUUUUUCUUUAUUACUUUAUCCCUGAAUCUUCAGUAUCAACAAUUUUAAUGCUGAUAAUAGAACAUUGAAUUCUUUAAAAUGUAUGCUAUCAUUAAUUUAUUUGACCUCCACAUUGUAAAACACCUCCAAAAUUUAUUUAAAAAAAUUGAUAAUGAUGGAUUUUUGAAAAUGUGUAACAGUGUAGACACUUGAAUACUGAAGUUCAAAGCAGCAUUAUUUGAAUAGUAAUGGGUGAAAACAACUCAAAUAUCCAUCAACAGAUGAGUGAUAAACCAGUGUGGUAUGCACAUACAAUAAAAUAUUAUUUACUGUUACCAUGAAAUUAAAUUCUAUUACAUGCUACAAGAUGGAAAAAUUAUGCAAAAUGAAAUAAACCAGACACAAAGGUGUAAUAGUCUGUGAUACUACUUAUAUGAGAAUAAGCAAAUUCAUAGAGACAGAAAGGAAAAUAGUGAUUAUCAGUGAUCAGAGGGAGGCGGAGGAGUUUAUCAUUUAAAGGACAUAAAGUUUAUGUUUAGGAUAAACAAAUUCUGGAAAUACAGAUAGUGGUUGUGGCCUCACAACAUCAUAAAUAUUAAUGCCUCUGAAUUAUAGUCUUAAAAUGAUUAAAAUGCUAAAUCUUAUUAUGUAAUUUUAACAUAAUUUAAAAAACAUAUAUAGAAUAAGCAAGAGGUAUUUCCCUUAUUCCUCUCCUGACUUGAGAAUGUUCUGGCUAUAGGCCCUGGGAAUCUGAAAGAUUUGUGAAAAUCUCCUUAGAUAAUAAACCUAUUUGACUAGCUUUAACUCAGUGUGUCCCAAAAUUAUUAUUACCACAAAAAUUUUUUAACAAUAAUACAAAGAUCCUUUAGAAAGCCUCCCAUUGGCAACAGUACAUUAUAGAGUGGGUAUGUGCAUAUACAUUGGAAAGGGAUUAACUCUUUUACCUCCAUUUUAAUUACUCUUUAGUUUUUUUCUUUUAUAAAAAUGUUCUUUACUUUUCAACACAUUUCUUUUCUGAAAUGUUGGAAUAUGCUAUUCUUGAUGCAGAUGCUGCAUAUAAGGAUGUAUUCAGUUUGUGAAAUCUGACUAAUCAGUUUAUUUGUAAGUUGUCCUGAAAAGUUUAUAUAUGCUUUCUAUAUUGUUAUAUUUCAAUGAAAAGCUUAAAAAUAAAAUAGUUUAAAGGAUAAAUUUUAUGUUAUGUAUAUUUUACCACAAUUAAAAGAAGUAAAAAAUACUAAUGACAGGUUUUGUGUUUAACAAAAAUUUUCUGAUAUCCUAUAAUUCAAUUCCAUUCUGACACUGACUACUUAGAGUUGGCAUUAGAUCCCACAAGUUAAAUGUCAAGGUCCCCAACAAGAUUGCCCUUUCUUCAGACACCAUCUGUAAGUAGAGUCCCUGGCCUUCUCUGAAGUCCCUAGGUUACCUGAACUUGUGUCUGAGUUGGCUGCACAUUUAGGGGUUCCUAUAACCCCUCUUCACAUUUGAUAAUUUUUUAGAAUGAUUCACAGAACUCACGCAAAGUCUUUACUUAACAGUUUUAUUUGAAAGGAUACAACUCAUGAAAAGCUACAUAGAAUAAAUGCAAGUUCUGAGGGGGCUUUUUGAGGUAGGGUGGAAGGGAAGAGGAAGGGACACAGAACUUCCAUAUUCUCUCCCUAUUGAAUCUAGGUGCAGCAUAUUUCCAGCUCAUAAAUGUGUUUACCAACCAGGAAGCCCUUUAACCCAGCCUUCCUGUCCUGAGAGCUUUUUUUUUUUUUUUAAUUAGGGUUUCAUUACAUAUGCAUUGGCUAUGCAACUGAAUUCAAUAUCCAGGCUCCCUCCUCUGAUUGGAGAUAUAGUAACUAAAAUUCCAACCUUUUGAUUUAUUUAUUUUUGGCAACCAGCCUCCUUAUGGCUACUAUCUAGGUCCCCUCCCCAAAAGUCAUUUCAUUAGCAUAACAAAUACUCUUAUCACUCAAGGAAUUUCAUGGAUUAUUUUGAAUUAUCUGUGUUAGGAACCCUCUUUUCUCACCCCAUAAAAGACCAGAUAUAUAUUUUUAUUUUUUGGUGAUGCUGGGUAUUGAACCCAGAGCCUUGUACAUGUGAGGCAAACACUCUAUCAACUGAGCUAUAUCUCCAGCCCCAGAUACAUUCUUUGUAUACCAUAGGCCUCCCCUGGUCUUUGACUAUAGGAGUUUUUUGUUGUUGUUGUUGUUUUCAGAAAAUGUAUUGGGAUUUAGUUUUUUUCCCUUUUUAUUGGCAUAUUAUAAUUGUACUAUAUUCGUUUUAUAGCGAAAAGAUCAUUCCUGACUGAGCCUAACAGAUAUAGCAACAUUUGUAGUUUUCCAACAUACUUAACACUAUCAGCAUUAUAAUCUUACCAACAAGGCCAGUGGUAGUAGACAUUAUGGUAGGUGUAACCUGAGAAAUAAGUUUUUAAAUACUGGUACAUUACUAGAGUUCCAUCUAGUCCCUAAUAAUUAGUCCAGUCCAUCAUUUUGAAUGAUCAACAUAUCUCCCAGUAUAAAAUCACUAUGAUUUGCAGGCUUCCAUUUGAUCAUGUCAGAUUCUAAAUGAAAAAAUGGUCUCAGCAACACAAGAUGUCACCAUUCAGGCAUCUGGUAUAAUUGAGCUAAGAGUUAAUGUCAUCUCUUCCUCUGAUCCUCUUUUGAAGCAUUAAUGUAGUACUGGAAUUCUCUAUUUAAUUCAUUUAUUCAUUCCUUCACCUUUAGCUACUAUUUCUACUUUUCUAAAAUUUAUACUCAAACUUUCAACCUUUGGAAGGGACAAGUAUAUUUGGCCAUUGUGCCGCUCCAGAUUCUAGGCAAUAAUAGUAAUCUAGCAAGUUCUUCUCCUUCAAUCUAUUCCAUGUAGAGGGUAAUUACAUAAGUACAAAAUUAAUGGGCUGUUUCUACCAGUUAUCAAUAUAACUAUAUUCAUGGUUAGCUUCAGUUUUGCCAAAUAGGGUGCUCUGGUUUGAAUGUCCCCUCCAAAACUUAGGUUGAAAUUUAAUUGCUACUGUGAAAGUAUCAGGUGGGACAUUUAUAAAGUAUUUAGGUCAUGAGGACUCUGCCCUCAUGAAUAAAUAAAUUUUUUUUAUCAAAGGAGUAAGUUAGCUAUAAAGCAAGCUCUCUUAAGUGUGUAUUCUCGUGUUUCUUACCUUCUCACAUGCUUUCUUGCAAUGUAAUGCCCUCCAUCAUGUUAUGACACAGUAAGAAGUCCUUCCCCGGAUGCUGGCACCUUCAUGCUUCUCAGCUUCCAGGACUAUGAGAAAUAAAUUUCUUUUCUUUAUAAAUUAUCCAAUCUAUAGCAUUUCAUUAUAGCAGCAGAAAAUGACUGACAUGGAUGAAGGCACAACUCAUCUCCAUCAGGCACUUAGGAAUUCUGACAUAGAGAUUUAAAGUAGUAUUUCAGUUUUUUGCUUAGGAAUCAUCCCUGCUUCCAUUACUUGUAGCUGUCACCAUGGUCCUAGGUCACUGCAUCAAGUAGGAAAAAGAAAAUGGAAGAAAUGUGAGCAAGAAAGGAAAAAGUAUAAUCAAAGCAACAUCCUCUCCAUUUUUAGAAUUGUAUAAUUAUGCCAGUAUCCUUCCCCAGUCUCUCUUCCCCAGAUCCACCAGAAAAGCACAAGAAUCUAACGCAGACAGUCUGUAAGCACAUAUUCCUGAAAACAUGUAAGCCAACCCUUCAUGCCCGUAUCUCCCCCUAUUUAAAGAUUCAGUUACAUGUUCUUUUUUAAAAAAUCUUUUUAGUUGUUGAUGGACACAAUACAUUUAUUUGUUUAUUAUAUGUAGUGCUAUGGAUCCAACCCAGUUCAUCACACAUGCUAGGCAAGCACUCUACCCCUGAGCUACACCCUACCCCAAUUGCAUGUUCUGAUUCUCCUUUGAACUAUUACUCUGAGAAGGACAUCUCUCUGUCAUUGUUAGAUAUCGGUCUUCCUUGGUUUGAAGAAAUAUGCCUUGGUGGUUGAAUUGGUGCAAUAUCUUCUCUUCUGGUUUUUAAUAACACUCUGAACAUUAGCAUCUAUCCCCAAAUAAGCAAAACCACUCCAGAGUACCUGUUUCUGCCAGGAUUCAUAUGUAGCUUCUCCCAGGUCUACUGGCAUCAGUCCAGCUUAUCAGUUAGGGAUAGGGUUUUCCCCCUGGAGAAUAUGUGCCAGAGCCAUCUAUCUGUAGUUUCUGUCUCUCUGACAAAAAGAAUAGUUUUAGUGCACAUUUUGUUCCUCAGCAGAUACAAGAAGAACAUGUCUAUAUUCAGUCUAUUUCUGCAUUACCUCAGAGCCCUGCAUCAAUUCAUUUUAUUAACCUAGGUGGCUAUGUCAAGGAACACACUGGGUCAUCUACUUUUGGAUUCCAAUCACCUUCCUAUACUGGAAGCACUUUUGAUGGGCUUUGACAUGUUCCACUUUAAUGCACCCUGAAAUUCCCAUUGCGAUUUCCACAGAGCUGUGCCCAAUAAAGACAUCCCUUUAAUAGGCACAGUCUCCUUUUGCCUGACUAUGUGGUAAAAACACAAACAGGAAUAAAUGGCAUGCAAUGCAUCCCACAAAGGUGAUUGGCUUUUCACUUCUUUGAUCAGAGCCUGACCUUCCCCCCAACCAAAAAAAAAAAAAAAAAA